AUGACAAAGAUAAGCAUUGCUGAUACCCGCGUUCGAAUGCGGCCGACUCUGAGACUAUUGCAAUUAAUUGAGGAGCACAAAGACACCAUAACUGAAAUUCCCGAAAAUCUAGCAAAAGUUUUAAAAACAAAUGGUUUUCAUAUAGAAAAUAGUAUUGAGUUACUUGGAUCGGAUUCCAUAAAUAGAGAACAUAUUGAUUUGAAACUGCUCCGACGCGUUGAAGAACUCUUAGAUGUACCGAAAACCAAUUCCCCUAAAGCAAAUCAUGAUUCUGAAGGGACGAAAGAGACUAAACCAAUUGCGACAGAAAAUUUCUUAUACUUAUCAGAUCUUCGUUGGCUCAAGUGGUGGUUAACACAGUUGCGUGAAAAGAAAGGAUUAGAUAUUUUUUUACAUGACCUAAUAGACACCUGCCACUUACAUUUACCAAUGAAUGAAGUCAUUGAAAGAAAUCCAGAGCUUGAAGCUCGUUGUCAGCGUCUACGCGAGCAACAACAAAAUAAAGAGUACUUGGACAUGACCAAAAACGUAGACUCAACUUUAAAAUAUGUACCCGAGGAUACCUUAGCUUAUCAAGUUAAGGCCAUGAAUAGCCAAAUGAUUGCAGUAUUACAAUUCAUAUUUUCGGUAGCGGCUGGUUUUGUAUUCGGCUUUUUAGGAUUGGAACUCAUUUUCGGUGGCAUAGAGUUUGGUCUACGUUUAGUAUUAGGAAUAUUUUGCGCACUUGUUAUUGGUGUUGCAGAAAUGUAUUUCCUUCUUAAAAAGCUAAACGAAGAGGAAAAGGCAAUAUCCUCUUUAAAAAAAUCAACUGAACCUGUAAAGAAGAAUGAAAAAAUGUUGAAGCCGCACAGUGAAUAAAAUAUUUCUACGGACAUUAUGAAAUUCAAUAGAAAUAAAUAAUAAUUGUGUAUUCUUCAUAGGAAAUAUAUAUAUAUGAUAUCACA